AUGGCAGGAACAGUGCCAACAUCUGCAAGUGACCAUCACGACGAACUCGUUACUUCAAUAAGCAACAGAUUGAGGCAACUAUCUGAAACAUCCUUCAACUGUCGCUUGUUAACUGUUCUGGACAAGCUCCGCAAGAACCACAAGGAAGCCUUCUUGCCAAAGCAAAUCUCCAUCGGACCAUUCUACCAUCAUGGGAAACGAUGGAAGGCCAUGGAAGACCACAAGUGGAGGUACCUGCAAAGCUUUUUGGCACGGACACAGAAGAAAUUGCAAGAAUGUGUUGAGGUCCUCAAGAAGUUGGAAAAGCGAACUUGCCUGUGUUACUUGGAAAAGAUAGAUCUCAACAAUGAUGAGUUCAUCACAAUGGUUCUUGUAGAUGGUGCAUUUGUCAUUGAGCUGUUCUUGUUGAAUCAUUUCCCUGAAAAGAAGGCCGUGAAUGACGUCAUCUUUGACAAGAAAAAAGAGUGGAUGAUCAUGGAUGUGAGAAGGGACAUGAGUUUGAUGGAGAAUCAACUCCAAUUUUUUGUUCUUGAGAAUCUGUACAAUUUCGCAUUUGGAAGUCAAUUGACAGUACUCCCAUCUUUAUUGGAGCUCGCCUAUGAUUUCUUCAUCUCCAGAGUCAAUCUCAAAGCAGAAGGGGCGAGGAUAUUCGACACCGAUGUCAAUCACUUAUUGGAUGCUUUAAGGUCGUGGUACUUACCUGCCACACAAGACGCACAAGGUGAUGGAUGGAAGAAUGUAGAAGCAAUACCUAGGCCAUCGCACCUUCGAGCAGCAGGAGUGAAGUUUAGGAUAAGUGAGAGCAAUUGCUUAUUUGACAUUAAAUUUUCAGUGGGUGUUCUUUAUAUCCCAUGUCUCGAGCUAUUUCCAGUGACGGAGUCUUUCCUCAGGAAUAUCACAGCUUUUAAGCAGUCCUAUUAUAAACAUGAUAGUUACUCCAUUGAGUAUGUAGCAUUCUUGGAGAAUCUCAUCAACACUAGAGCCGAUGCGAAGCUUCUGAUCAAGAAAUGCAUAAUUGAUGUUGAGAACUGGUUGGGGCAUGAUGGGACACUGGCAAAGGAUGCCGAGGCAUUGGCAAAUCUUUUCAACAGUUUUGGAAAGGAGAACCGGUUUUGGACGAGGAACAUCAAUUUCUGCAGUCUUCGGCAGGAUCUGAAAGCUUAUUACAGAAGUCAUUGGCACUAG